AUGAUAAAGAAUGAAAGCGCUGCUUCUCUAAGUGAUGAACGGUACGUCUCACCCGAUGAUUCGCAAGCAAAGUAUUUUAGAGUGUUGAGAUGCUGUAUUGCGAUUCUGACAAAGCUAGUAGACAGGAGGUAUGGUUCUUCUCAACUAGCAGAAGGCUCAAAAGCAUCCAAAAAGUCAUCUUCGUCUGACAUAACAGAAAAAUAUUCGGACAUUAUCGGAUACUCAAAGUUGUGGAAACUUGCCCAUGCUUCAGACGUUUCAGUAUCGAGAGCAGUUUUGGAGUUAAUCAGCUCCUUGGUAAAGGAUAAGGGUGCUCAUGAACUGGUUGAGCCGGUUCUGGAAGAUAUAGCCACGAAUGUUGUUUACAAGAGUCUAAAAUCCAGUGAACCUUUAGUAGCAACGAGUUUAUUGCAGGCCCUGAUUGGUCUUACGAGAAAAUACGCUAAUGUUUGGCAGCUUGCUAACUCCAAAAAGUCGACAUCCUUCUCUGCACUCUGUAAAUUUGUGUCACAAGGAAGUAGACGGUCAAGCGUUUAUUUCUGGCCAUCUUUACUAGCAUUAGUGACUGCUUUGCCAACUGAUAUUUCUCCCUACUCCAAUAGCGAAAAUCGAGAUGCUUUGUUGAAAGCUGUUAGCGAGGGAGUCACCAAAGAGACGGCUCUUUCAAACUAUCAUGCCUGGGGUGCCUACCUGACUAUUGUUGAAAAGUCUGUGGUCGCUCAAGAAGAUUCCCACCAUAUUAUUGAAACUGCAUUUACCAACUUAUUUAACAGCGUUGUAAUCGUGACCCGGCCCACGAGAAUCUCUCAGGAGCUUGUGCAAGUGACAAGUAAAAAGCUGGUGAAAUUUUGUUCAUUAGACUGGGAUCAAGUUUCACGAUCUCUCAAGGCUUGCAUCGACGAGAUUGUAAAGCGCCAGAGUCGAGAGUCACUAACGAAUUUCACAUUAAUCACAUCGGCGACGGCUUCAGAUACUGCGCUCAAACAGCAGUUUUCAGAAUUGCUCUCUAGUAUCAUUAUUGCGCUACUGGAUAAAUUGGAAAAAGGACUCAAUGUUUUUGAGGUUCACCUGGUCAGUACAUUACUCGUCUCAUAUGAGAAAGUCUUAUUUCCAGAUUCUAUUCUUUCUCAAAGAUUGGAUUCAUUUCUGGUCGACCACCUUCCUUCAUUUAUUGUUUCUGAAGCUAGCUCAAACUUGGUUGCGAUUCUUGAAAUCUAUGCCAAACACCGUGUGUCAAAUGGGAAUUCUUCUCUUCAGCCUGUUUUGGAACAGUCAUUCACUUGCAUUAUUAAAUCAUCCUACGAAGAUAGGAAGUUGGAUUACUUAGCUGGACUUCUGAAAUCGUUUACCUCGCUGAAAACAAUCGUUGCACCUAUUGAUGCUGUUUCGCAGUACCUUCGUUAUCUUUUGCACAUAUCACCAGGCAAUGACACCGAUGCACUAUGGACUGCUAUUCUUUACGGCAUAUGCUCUCAUGGAGUGUUUGUUAGUGAGGAGGCCGCUAACGAUGCUCUCAACUAUUUAACUAUUACCGAUGGACCGCCUUCUAGAAGAACAAUGCAGGUAUUUGAAAGACUUCUAGCAGAUGACAACCAAUAUUUUGCGCAGUUCAUUUCCAGUCCAAAAGGUAAGCAGUUUGUCUCUUAUUUAUGGACGAUAGAACAGAGCUCGACAGUGGAAAAAUUGCUUCAUUCUAUAGAAUCUCCCACUACGGGAAACUUCGAAGUACUGUGCGAAGGGCUACUGGAGGAAGUGCAGCAUAAUAGGAUUAUGGAAAACAUUCCACUACUUGUUGAGCGAGGACAGAGACUUUUAGAAAGUGUCCAACAGACUGGAGCCACAAGCUCAGCCGAUUCGCUAAAGCAACUUUUGUUUUCUGAGUCUGAUGUUAUUGAGAAACAUCUGAAUAGUAUUUUUGAUGCCAAAGUUAGCUCUGAUCUGGCAGUUGCAGACUCACUGGGCGGUGCUGUUCUUCUCGUGAGCUCUGGGGAAGAAGCAGAAAGUGCAAGCUUUGGUGUAAAUAUAGAGCAAUUCGCAUCAACUGCUGUUUACGUCAAGUCACUCGUCAUUGAAAACAAGGCAGAUUUUCUUAAGUUACCUGCUUCAACUGUUCAAGAUAUUAUUUUAUUUUUGCUAUAUGCAUCGGAGGUCAUCUCAUCUGCUGUAUUUUUGGGAAAGCUGACCGCCGAAGGCGAUGAUUCAGCUUCACUCCUUGACUUUGGGAGUGAAGUUUCCACGUUAUUAUCGGAAGAGUCAACAGACUUCUCUGUCCCUCAAUUUGUUGAAGCUAUUUCUGAGGGUGACAGGGGCUUGGUUAGUAGGCUAGUCAAUUUAUUGUGGAGUUCGUCUUCUGAGCUCACUACAAAAGGAUACUUUUCAAGUCGAGUGUUAGCCAAUAUCUUUGAUCUUGUACUCGUUAAAGCGGCUGAUUCAGAUGUGGAGCCAACAAUCCCCAAGCUUCGUAUCCUUUUUAAAACUAGCAUACUUGGAACUACUGCAAUACUUCAUGGCCUCCAAAAAUAUCUCCUGCAAUUUGCUGCUCUUGGUAACCUUCGUAAUCAGUUUGCAAGCGAUUUGAUCGGUCUCAAUGAGAAGCAAUUUAGUCAGACUGGUCUCAAGUCUUUAAUAUAUCUCAACAUGCUGCUGGAUGUUCCAGCAAAUGACGUCAGUACAGAGCUGAUCCCGUUGAAUCGUCUUCUAAUGGUACUUCAGUCGGUAUUCACUCGUAUCAACAAUACGGAAACUGAUAGCUUACUAAACUCAAGAAUCGAGUUGACAAAGCUUGUACCUAAACUGAUGAGCUUAUAUCCCAGCCUUCCAACAGUAUUUGGUAUCUGGAAAUCAUGCAUACAGCUUCUUGAACAAAACUUUAUUGAUAUGAGCGAAUCUUUGGCUCUCAGAUAUUUUACAUUUCGAUUUGUUGUUGUUGCCCAGAAGGUUAUUGACUCAACACCAGAAUUGGCAGAGGAAUUUGAUUAUUCGGGUGAACCAGAAGAAGCAUAUCGAUUUAUAUACGAGGAAUUGUUUGACCAAUUGUAUGCCGCUGAGGCCAGUACCAAUCAGCCUGACUAUUUGACGAUUGUUCAGCUCCAGAAAGCAGUCUUGUCGGUACCGACCAAGCUCUUAGACUAUAAUAAGCUUUAUGGUCUUCUCGGUACUCCAAGUUCAGACGUUCAGAGAAUCGCAUUUGUCUUAUUGCAUAGACAGAUUCCCUCGUUACAGGAAGAGAAGUCAAUUUCCUUCGAACUUCAGAAGUCAAGUAUUUCUAAACAGAAUGAAUCAGAGAUCGACGAAGAUGAGGAUGAAGAAGUGGAAGAUGCUGCAGGUAGGUUCCCCCCUCGCCUGUUGAAAAUGGUCAAGAAUGUACCUGCUGUCUAUGAGACCGACCACUCUAUGACUGGUUAUCUAUGGGCAUGGCAGCUUGUAUAUGAUCACUUUCAAAACUCGUCUUAUGACCUUCGGCGUGCAUACAUUGGUCAGCUGCGAAGAGAUGCUGACAAUGUGGUUGAUUUGUUGCUGGACCUGAUUUCGUAUUAUAUUGUUGGCAAUGAUUUGAAUAAAAUUGCCGAGAAAAGCAAAGAGCUGGACAAUAUCGACAAAUACGAGGGCACGCUAGUUGAAGAUAUCAACGAUGAGGUGGAACUAUUGCUGUUGCGCAGUUACUUCGUUGUUCUUCAGUAUACCGGAUCACUGGCCAAAAGCUGGUUCUUGAGCGUAAAGAAGCGCAGUGUUAUUAUUGCUGUUGAAAAGUUCACUGAGAAAUAUGUUUCACCAGUUCUCAUUACCCGGGAGUUGAACACCAUAGAGAAGAGUUUAGAUGGCAACAGUAGUAUCAAUGACGAGAAUAUGAGUGCCAAAAUAGCCCGAGCUACGAACGAGGUCAAGGCUUACUACACUACAGAUGAUCAGACGAUGGAGAUAGCUAUUCGCAUGCCACCGCUGUAUCCAUUACGGGACUUGCAAGUCGAGGGUAUCAAACGGAUUGGAGUUCGUGAGAAGCAAUGGCGAGCAUGGCUUUUGGCGUCUCAAGCAAUUGGUACAGCACAAAACGGAUCCAUUAUUGAUUCAUUAGAGCUGUUCAAACGCAAUGUAUCUAUGCAUUUCGAAGGUAUUGUAGAAUGUGCAAUCUGUUACUCAAUUCUCCACGAGGACCAUUCUCUGCCUAACAAGACAUGUACCACUUGUAAGAACAAGUUCCACGCCGACUGUCUUUACAAAUGGUUCAAGAGUGCCGGAUCCAGUAGCUGUCCCCUAUGUAGAGCCACAUUCAGUUUCAGACAUGGCAUAAAUUAG